GGAUUUGUUGUUGUUGUAUCUUAAAUGUAAACGUGUCUUGCACCUCUCGGCCACCGUACCUUUCUCAUCAGAACAGCAGAGCAUCACCGCCUCCUCUCACAGAAACAGACAAACGGGCAGGAGAGAAAUGCAAAGGGAUGUAAGAUGGCAGAGCUACAAAUGUUAUUAGAGGAGGAAAUCCCUGCCGGUAAAAGAGCGCUCGUGGAAAGCUACCAGAAUCUUUCGCGGGUAGCGGAAUACUGUGAAAACAAUUAUGUUCAGGCUCAAGACAAAAAGAAAGCCCUGGAAGAGACCAAAGCCUACACCACCCAGUCUCUGGCCAGCGUUGCCUACCAAAUCAAUGCCUUAGCAAACAAUGUGCUGCAGCUGCUGGACAUCCAGGCCUCGCAGCUGCGCCGCAUGGAAUCCUCCAUCAACCACAUCUCCCAGACUGUGGACAUUCACAAGGAGAAAGUAGCACGUCGAGAAAUUGGCAUCCUGACCACAAAUAAGAACACUUCUCGCACUCACAAGAUCAUCGCCCCAGGAAACAUGGAGCGGCCGGUGCGCUACAUCCGGAAGCCCAUCGACUACACCCUGCUGGAUGAUGUGGGACACGGUGUCAAAUGGCUCAAAGCCAAGCAACAUGGGAACAAUGCAGCAGGGCGAGGGGGGACCAUUUCCAGAACCAACCCACCCUCACAGAAACCACCAAGCCCCCCAAUGGCAGGUCGUGGCACACUUGGGCGUAACACUCCCUACAAGACGCUGGAGCCUGUUAAGCCUCCAGUGGUGCCUAACGACUACAUGACGAGCCCAGCCAGACUCGGCAACCAGAACAGCCCUGCACGCACUGCUUCGCUCAACCAGAGGCCAAGGACGCACAGUGGCAGCAGUGGUGGGAGCGGCGGCAGGGAGAACAGUGGUGGCAGUGGAGUCGGCAUUCCUCUUGCAGUUCCCACCCCGUCUCCUCCCAGUUUGGGACAAGUGGUCACAUCCUCAGCUGCUGUGCCUCAGGGCCCCGGCUUGGGCCCCAUCCCAAUGUCCCAGUUUGGCACCAUCUCCCGUCAGAUUUCCCGUCACAACUCAUCAACGACCUCCUCUGCCUCCAUGGUGUCAGCCACCGGCACUUACCGCCGAGCCCCCUCUGUCUCCUCCCAGCAGCCGCACAUCAACGGGGGUCCAGCGUUUUCACAGAACUCGGUGUCUGUGGCUCCUCCACCUCCUCCUCCUGUGGUCCAGCUGACCCCUCAGAUCCCUCUGACUGGCUUUGUGGCCAGAAUGCAGGAGAGCAUAACAGACAGCCCAGCGCCGCCCCCUCCACCUCCCCCAGAGGACGUGGGUGUGUUUGAGGAUCCUGCCCCACCUCCACCUCCUCCACCUGUAGACUAUGAGGAGGAAGACGCUGCUGUGGUUCACUACAGUGAUCCUUAUGCCGAUGGAGACCCCCACUGGGCCCCCAAGGUCUAUUUAGAGAAAGUUGUGGCCAUUUAUGAUUACACAAAGGAUAAGGAGGACGAGCUGUCCUUUAUGGAAGGCGCCAUCAUUUACAUCAUCAAAAAGAACGACGACGGCUGGUUUGAAGGCGUCUGCAACGGCGUCACUGGACUUUUUCCUGGAAACUACGUCGAAUCAAUCAUGCACUAUGCCGAUUAAGAAGACAAAAAAGACCUAAUCGUACGAUUUGUGGCCCCCAGAGAUGAAGAUGUACAGUUGUGUGCAGCUGUUAUGAACCAAGUGUUGCGGUGACGCUUUGAGUGAGCGUUGCACUUUUGAAAGUUUGGGGUCUGCUUGUUUACACUGGAAACAAAAUAGAGGACGUACGUAGGACAAACCUUUCGAGCGCUAUAUCCUCUUUCGAAGCAUGUGGGGUUCUUUUGUCUCACCAAAAGAAAAGAAAAAAUGAACCAUUGUGGAUCUUAAUGUAAAGCUCCGUCGUAUUGACCUAAAUCCAGGAUUUUGUGUAGCAUUCUUGUGAUAAAAUGCUCCUUCUUUUUACAAACACCUUAGAUCAUCUGACCAUCCUCCUCCCGAAAAGAUUCUAAGAGUUAAAAAGAGGAAAAGAAAACACAACUUUUCAUGUCCGGAUGCUCCAAAGAAAAAGCGUACCCACAGCGUCUAAAAGGGUGAGCGUUCACACAGAAUUUACAACAACAACAAAAAGAGGACAUAGUGAAAAUGUAUAUAAACUGUAAUGUGACCAACUGUCAGUGCAUUUAUCAGUGUGUAUCAACAGUGUUUCCAUCGCUCAGUGGAAGUGGUGCCAAGGUCGGAUGCUUCUACUGUCAUUUUCACCUGUAUUUGGGCAAAAGUAUUGUGUAAAGGCAUUUAUUUUUUAUGAUAAGCCACAGAUGAAUCCUUGAACUGUUGCCACUGCAGUCAGUGACGCUGUUGCACAGCUCCAUGCAAACUAACAAGCUUGUAUUUACGUCAUAGCUUCACGGUUUUGGUUGUAGUAUAGCUAAAUUGAGUUGUUUUUUUUCCCUUUUUCCUAUUCUUUGCAUGGUUGCCAGUGUGGUGCUUCUCCAUUGGUGCUCAGUGACCACAGUUACCAACCCAAACAACCUCAAAAACUACCAAGAACUUUAGUUUCCUUACAUCCAGCUCAUCUGAUUGUAAACUCGCUUCAUCAAACCUGUUUUUGUAGUGAAUGUCAGCGACUCAGCAGUAAUGUUCUGCAGUUUCUGUGCGUGGCAGCUUGUCCUGCACACGAAUGACUUCUGCUGCCCACAGCGAGGGAAUGAAACAAUGAAGACUGCCCUUCCAUGGUGUUUCGUGGUGCAAACAAAACCACCUAAGUCAAUGCCUGUCCUCAUAGUGUACGUUUGGAAUACAUAUCCUCCAAUGAACAUUUCAUGGAAAAUGGAUGUAAAGGUAACAUUUUCUGGUUUUAGAUGUAAAAAAAAAAAGAAAAGGCAGCAUUCAUUGAGCCUUUAAGCAGGAAAGUAUUCAAGUGUCAUUACAGUGAACUGCAUCUCAUUUAUGAUCGUAUUUUUUACCAUCAUGAGGUCAUUUUUUGGUGAAAAAUCAACUUUUUCUAACUGAUCUAUUUCUAGCAUUGCAUUUGACUUCUUAUGUCCAAGACUGCUGAGGAAUGUUUGCUAGCAGUUUGUAUGUGAAGGAUUUAUUUAUAGUUUUGAUUUUUUUUUGUUUUUUCUAUCCAUAAAAAAAAAAAAUGACAAGACGAUCACUGGCGUGUGGGAGAUUUCUAACGUUCACCACUAAAACGUUUGAGGGCAUCGUGGGAGAAGGCGCCUUCUUCAGAUGUGUUUUCUUCUGAUCAAAUGUGGAAUAAAAAGGAAAAAAAAAACUGAAAUAUUCAUGGGAACAGAAUCUGAUGUGUGUCCUAUGUAUAUAGAUUGUGGUCAGUUACAUUUAUGUACAGUCUUUUUGUAAUAAAAAGCUCCUUGAAGCACA